AUGGCGAACACAAAUCAAGGACUCGGGCUUCAGAUCCCCGACGACGAGCCCGCAAAGAUCGAGACGGACGUUCCACCGCCUCCCACAUCCGCUCCUAUUCCAGCGACGAAUCCUCUCGCACCAGUGGCGAAUCCUCUCCCUCCCGCCAGUAUUCCGACCACGGCAACUGGGUCAAACAAGGCGCAGAAGGCGACUACGUUCCCGAAGCUGAAAUACUCGACUCUCACCCCCACAAAGCUUCGCUUCGUCCAGUGCAUGGACACAAUGGACGAAGCGACAGACGGAAACCCGCCGACUUCGCCAUCCCAGACCACACUCGACCAGGACACAGCGUGCUCGAACGAGAUUACGAAGCAUAUCAGCACUUGUUCGGAGCCAACGACGACCAGAUUCAUGGAUUCGCAGGAUGAAGUUGAAGUUGAAGCUGAAGCGAAAAAGACGGAGGUGGCGGGUGAUGCGCUGCGCUCUCCCAGUGGACGUCCGAUCUCUCCAGAGCGUGCGCCACUGGGUAAUCUGCACAAACGUCGAGCAUCACGAUCUCCUGAGAAGUUCAACACAGGGCGAUUCGAGCCUUUGGCACUGACGACCACCGCGCCGCCUGCGCCUGACUUUGGACGUCCAGCAAAGCGCGGCCGAACGGAGAACCGGGUCGAAAUCAUCUACGACACCUACGGCAAACCUACACUUCGCAAGGUGCCGGCAGAGCAGCCGCGUAUGCACUAUGAGUCCUCUGAUACUCCCCUGCCCCGUCCAAAAGCAACAGAUUACGGUAUCUAUGCUGCGCCAAAACAAACUCCUCAACGUCGACCACGAGCCCCUCCACCAAAACAGCCAUUCAACCUCAUCGACGCGAUUGCUAUGGACGCCGGCUUGAGCGUCAUUUUCACGAGCUACCUCAACUUGCCUUCACUCAUCUCGCUUUACGCAAUUUCCAAACGCUUCUACUACGAGUUCAACCUCCGCGCCACUGCAUUCAUCCUCGCUAGCAUGCGUACCUGGGCCCCGAAUGCCGACAAAAUCUUCCCCUGGCGUUGUUACCAUCACCUCUGCAUCAAAGAUCCCACUCACCGACAAAAAGCUGUCCCUUCUACCUUUGAUCCCUCUCUCACCGGCGACAUCUCCCGUGAUGUGCCGAGCAUUCGCUGGCUCCAGAUGGUUACAUGGCGGCAUGGUGUAGUGCGGGACAUGAUCAUCACUCUCGCUUCCCAAGCUCUGCGCGUUCCCAAAGGCACCGCUGACGCCAUUCAACGCAUGUGGUUCAUCAUGGAUCUUCCGUUGAAUGCGCAUCGUCUCGCCACGAUGCGGAACGCCGAAUACAUCUCCAACGACACGAUUCUGCACGCCGCGGAGUUCUUCAUCAAAGUCGACAUGGCCUUUACCGAUCCCGAGAGCGCACCAAUCGUCGCUCCCAUUCCCGGAGCAGCACCAAUUCGUCCAAAUCGGGUUGGAGGCAACUUGAUCGGCUGUAAGCUACGAGAAGUCCUGCUCGCUGAGCGCACCAUGACGUGUCUCUGGCGAGUGCUCAAGGGUUGGUCGUGGGAUACCGAGGAUCCUGCUCGUCCGAUGCGAAAGAUCGAUAUCUUCAAACUGUACAUGCGCCACCGGUUCCGCUUUCCGAUACAUUUGCCGCCAAAUGCGAAGGAUCUGAGACGAUUUCCCAUCAUGGGGGAGCACUAUGAUGAUAUCUUGAAGGUCGGAGUUGAGCGAGUGUACCAAGAUGGCGAGACUGACUUCGUCAAGUACUCCCGCCAGCCGGCGCCACUGAUACGGCCAGAUCAGUUGGUGAUUGGGGAGUCGGUGCGACGUGAGCUGAAUCUCCAGGAUCGACUUCUCGAAAUGGUGCUCUCAGGAUUCGCAACGGAAGGUGGCAAACCAAGGCCUGUAUUCACGUACGAGGAGCUGUGCAGAAUCAUCAAGAGACCCUGGGAGGUCGAGUCGAUGGUGAAAGAUAAGAGGGCGCGCGAGAUCAAGAAGAUUUACAUGCGGAAGAAAAUGCAAUCGGAGAGAGCACAAGCGGUCGCGGCGGCCAACGCAUUGAGGACUGCACAAGCUGCUCCCGCCACCGGGACUGCUGCACCUGGAAAGUUGGAUCAAUUGGCGGCGUAUAAAGUCCCGGCCCAGAUCAUGCAGAGUCGUGCAAUGUCUGGACCGGUGCAGAGCGUUCCUCCUGCUAUGAGUUCUUCUCUACUCUCCCAGCAGGCAGUCGCAGACGCUACCGACGAUCUCCAGGCAGGUUGGCCAGGCCAAGUACCGAGCAUAGCGACGCUGUUGACGAGCGCCAAGAAUGCUGUGCAGAGCGCUCAUUCUACGACGAUCCCUGGCGCCUAUCAGAACAAUCUUCCAGCUAAGGCUUCUGCAUCGACCCAGACGACAAAGGCCGCACCCACUCAACCUCCCCAGCUCGCCGUCGAGACCGGUCUUCAAGCUCUUCCCGCCAUGCAGCCAGCUCUGGUAGUGCAAUCAAGGUCUCCAGAUGUUAUUGACAGCGGAGUGAUCUCCUCUUACGCGACCUCGACGACCGACGAGCCUAGAGCCGCACAGAGCGUUGACGUUACUAUCGGAGACACUGGCAAUGGCCAGAAAGGGAAGGGAAAGCAGAGGGCCACGGAAGAGGAGAUCCAGGCUCAGCAAGCAAGCAACAAAAACGGUGAUGAUGAGCGCGAUAAUGAUGCCAUGGAGGUGGAGUUCACUGGGAAGGCCAACGGAAAGGCUGCAGAGUAA